AUGGCAGGAGAUCUCAUUCUGAUUACGGGCGUUUCUGGCUAUAUCGGAUUCAAGACUCUGAUCCUAGCUCUUGAAGCAGGGUUCCCAGUACGUGCGGUCAUCCGCAAGGCCGAACAGGCCACAAAACUCCAGUCUCACGCUCGAGUCGCACCCCACAUGGACAACCUACAAUGGGUUGUUAUUCCCGAUCUCUCAGACACCCACUCCUUCGAUCCUCACCUCGCUGGUGUCACGGGGAUUCUCCAUAUCGCCUCCCCUCCUGCCAUCGAGUCGGACGACUAUGACCGCGACAUUAUCGACCCCGCCUUAAAAGUAACCCUCUCCAUCCUCAACGCCGCGCACCGCACUCCCUCAAUCAAGCGUGUCGUCAUCACCUCCUCCGCCGUAACCCUGAUCUCCUUCGCCUGGAUGUUUGGUCCCGCGCCUGCGUCCCCAGACCUCACACUAUUUACCGCAGCCGACAUCAACUCCAACAUUGCCGGUCCCUACGGCACGUCAAUGGAAGCAUACUUCGCAUCCAAGACCCUAUCCCGUAUUGCCACAGGAAAAUUCAUGGAGGAGGAGAAGCCAGAAUUUGAGUUCGUCAACUUGCUGCCAACAGUAGUAUUCGGGCCAGAUGAACUGGCUACAAAUGCCGCUGAGUUGGUGACGGCCGGGAACUCUCUCGCACUUGGUCCGCUCUUAGAUGCCAAUAUCCCGCAGAUGGUGGGGGCUACAGUGCACGUUGAUGAUGUGGCUAGGGCGCAUAUCGAUGCGUUGAAGCCGAGUGUGCAAGGGAACAAAGACUAUAUUUUGAGUUCUGAUACACCGGAUGGUAUUGAUUGGGAAGAUGCGCAGAACUAUGUUAGGAAGUUCUUUCCAGAAGCUGUGGAGAACGGGACAUUGAAAUUGGGGGGGAGCCUGAGGGCGAGGAUCUGGAGGUUGGAUACUCGGGAGACGGAGAAAGAGUUUGGGUGGGAGUUCGUAUCCUUCGAGGAGACGUUGAAAGAGCUUGUGGGGCAAUAUUUGAAGUUUGUAGCGGCGGAGAAGAAACGAGAUUGUGGUACGGUUUGA